UCUAAAUCUGCCAAAAGCCUUCCUUACUAAAACCCUAGCUCCCAAAACCCUUAAACCCACAUCGAGCCGUAUAAAAGCUGUACACUCACAUGAUCGAAGCCACAAAAAAUCUACAGACUCUCGUUCGAGAAGACAAGACUUUCAAUCUGCAAAAAGGAUUUGGAGUGAAGAGAUGACAGGAAAAAUGCCAAACCCGAAGGUCUUCUUUGACAUCUUGGUAGGAAAGAGCAAAGCGGGUCGUGUUGUGAUGGAGCUCUUCGCUGACGUGACGCCGAAAACCGCUGAAAACUUUCGUGCUCUCUGCACAGGAGAGAAGGGUCUUGGGGCAGCAGGGAAGGCUUUGCACUACAAAGGCUCGGCCUUUCACCGUAUCAUCCCAGGGUUCAUGUGCCAAGGCGGAGAUUUCACCCGUGGCAAUGGAACCGGAGGGGAAUCGAUUUACGGGUCUAAGUUUCAGGACGAGAACUUCAAGCUGAAGCACACUGGUCCGGGGAUUUUGUCCAUGGCUAAUUCGGGUCCCAACACGAAUGGUUCUCAGUUCUUUAUCUGCACCGCGAAGACGCCGUGGCUUGAUGGGAAACACGUGGUGUUUGGGAAGGUUGUUGAUGGGUACAAUAUGGUGGAGGAAAUGGAGAAGGUCGGGUCUGAGAGGGGGAAUACCUCUGAGCCAGUUGUGAUUGAAGAUUGUGGUGAGCUCAAGAACGAAAGUUCAUAAAUCACAACAUUAAAUAUGUUGUGAAGUGUAUGUUUUGAGAUCGAAACACUAGUUGGGGUUUGACAAUACCUUAUGAAGUGAUUGAACCUUAUGAGUUUGAUUUUAUUUCAUUUUUCAAAAAAUCCAUGUAAAAGAGUAGGGUGGAUAAUAAAAUGGAAGCACACUCCUUUGUUUGACA